AUGUGGGCUCAGUCACCUCCCUGCCUGCUCACCCACCACUGCCCUCUCACCCACCAUUGUCCUCUUGCCCACCAUUGCCCUCUCGACCAGGAUGGCAACAGCGGGCAAUGGCAGGAGGCACGACAACAACAGCGGCGAACAGCAGGAGGAACGGUGAUGACAGCGGUGGGCAGCAGGAGGCACGAUGGCGGUGGGGGCAUGACAACGACGAUAGGGGCACGACGACGAUGGGCACACGAUGGCAAUGGCGUGGGCACGACGAUGACAGCGGGGCACCAGGCACCCUUCACCCUUGCCCUCACCCAUCCUCUGCCUUGCCCUCUCACCCUCAUCCACCCCUCAUCCGCCCCUCAUUCGCCUGCCCUCUCCCCUCUGCCCUCUGCCCUUGUCCUCACCCUCUGCCCCGCUGUCUCACCCAUUUUGCCGCUUCGCCCGUGUCGCCCUCUCGCCUACCUCGCCCCUUUUGCUCCUUUUACCCCCCUCGCCCUCUCGCUCCUUUCGCUCACCCCGCCCACCUCACCCUCUUGCCCCUCACCCUUUCGCCCCUCACCAUUUCUCCCUCUUGCCCUCUUGCCCACCUUGCCCACCUUGCCCACCUUGCCCUCUCGCCCACCUUGCCCUCUCGCCUUCACCUUCGCCCUCUUGCUCUCGCCCUCUUGCCAUCUCACUGUUUCGCUGUUGCCGUUGCCGUUUCGCCCUCUUGCCCCCUGGCCUCUGCAUCCCCCCCUGACCUCUGCCAUCUACCUCUGCCUCACGAACAAACUCAACAAGCGGUGGAGGGCCAAACAGACAGGUGGAGGGUGGAGGUGA